UUUUAAAGUGACUUUCAUGAUACUUCUUUCGUUACAGUAGGUUAAUAUCAGCUAGUCACGUGUCUACUUUGAACACAUUAGUUAAUAAUAUUCAUGAAUUGAAGUCACAUGAUUUAGAUAUUAUGGAGUUUACAUUAGAGACGCUAAUUUAUUAAAUUAUGAUGCAGCUUAGGGUAAUUUGCAUUUUUUAAUAAAAUUUGCACUUUACGUCUUAGGUAUUUACUGCACUGGAAGACAUUGGAAUAGACUCUAGCAAUUAAAAUUCUACUGUUAUACUGAAAAUACUAAAGACAGAUUUGGUUUCAAUCCAACUAUAAUAUUUGCAGUAUAUUUCAAGAAAUCCGCGAUCUCCAACCCGCCUGCCUAGCGUGGAGAUUAUGGCAAAACCCUCCACUAUAGUGGAGGAGGCUCAUAGUCCAGCAGUGGACUGUAAAGGGCUGUUGAUGAUGAUGAUGAUGAUUUCAAGAAAAGCUGACGUUCUGCUAUUAAUCUUUUCAAAAGAAAAAAUGAUAGUUGAAAAAAGAUGCUUUCAAGCAAUUUGGUGUCAUGUUUCUAAAUCUAAACGCCAAUUUAGUUCCGCAUCCGAAUAAAACCAACAAAAAACUGUCAAUACAGCAACCAUUUUCAAUUAAAUAGACUUUUAAUCUGAGGUCCGAAGGUCGCAGACAGGCGGGAGCAAGGCCGUAUCUCCGAUGACACGCAUGCGUGUUUCACAAACGCACUGCUCACAUUAUGCGGGAGAAAUUACGGCUAGGUACGGAUCGGGGUCAACUCACUGCGAUUCGCAUGUCACAGUACCACUUUUGGCUCCAACAAUUCGCGGGUUGGACCGCUAAGCAUCAGGGAGGCUUGCCAAAAAUACAGCUGCACUGCAGUAGCGGCUUGGAGUGCAAUGCGGCUCCCGCUCAUUGUCAUACGGGGAGGUCGAUACCGACCAGUACCGCCUCGCCACCCGACGCGGUCGGACGUUACACGAUAUUGUUAACGCGCCGGUCAAUCGCGCGACCUGCGAACACAAAACGCUUUUAUUUAUAAACAAAUUCACGUUCCAAUUGAAAAGGGUGAUUGUUUUUGUGAAUGUGUAGAGAAAUACGUUUAGCCACGUGAAAGCGCUCGGUUUGUGGAUGUUACAUAAACAGAGAAUAUUUGGCCAUCAGUGAAUGUAAAGUGUCAACACUCAACACUGGCAGGCGUACCGCAUGAGAACCAAAGUGAAAAACAGUGCAAAGAAAAUUUUCCGCUAAAAUGGGGAGAAGAAACCUGAGUAUGCUGCGGUUAGGACGCUGCGUGGCCUUCCUGGCUGCAGCAGCCUUCCUGCUACCAUUCACGAUCCUGCUGAUGGUGGCUGAUCAGCAGUACAACCUGACCUACAACUCAAAAAGGGUGUUCUACCAAGAGAGCGACUUCUAUAAAAUUAACGAGACGUAUUACAAUCCCGCAUUUGCGAUAACAACACCUACAUUAUCGAAACAGUUCAUCUUCGAGAACGGGACUCAUGAUGAGGGGCUCCUCACCAGAGAUAAGUUCAUGGAGGUGAACGCUCGGAUGGAGGCGCGUCAUGACUAUCUGAAGAGCCAGUGUUCAGCUCUGGGCUUGGACAGCUAUAGCUAUAAGGCCAAUGCAUGGGAGUUCUUAAUCAACAGGCAGUACCAUGUCAUAUGGUGUAACGUCUUCAAAGCAGCCUCCACAUCCUGGAUGUACAAUUUCAACCGCAUGGCGAACUACACAGCGGAGUUCCUGAACAAAACCAAAGAAGUGCCCUUGAUACUUGCUCGCAAGAAGUACGGGAGGCCGACAGUCGCGAUGAUCAAGAAGGCUCAGGCGGACUCUAUAACGUUCCUCAUUGUUAGGCAUCCGCUGGAGCGGCUGGCGUCAGCGUAUAAUGACAAGAUCAUGCACGCUUGGCCGAAGUCCUUCCAUGAGAAGAUGGGGCAGAAGAUCAUCCGUGUAUUUCGGAAGCCAAGCAACGGUCACCCGACACCUACAGAGAGGUAUCCAGUAUUCGAGGAGUUCGUCGCAUACGUACUGGACGAGUGGAAGUCGAAAAGGACUUUGGACAUGCACUGGACUCCUUACACAGACUUCUGCACGCCUUGCCAGUUCAACUUCGAUGUCAUUUUGAAGUUCGAGACGUUGGAUGAGGACCAGCGGUUCCUGAUCCAACUGGCACGCCUUCAAAAAGUGGUGAGACCAGAAUGGCGGAACAGUGGUAAAGGUCCAGGGACCCUCAACAACAUCAGCCACCUUUACUCCAGGAUCACCAAGACACAGCUGGAAGACCUGUACAAGAUGUAUAAGCUAGACUUCAAACUCUUCAACUACACCAUAGACAACUACUACGAGAUAGUGAAACCCGAUGAGACGAGUAAGAGAUGAACAAGCCGAGGGCUCUCCAGCGCCACAGCAGCCGUUAGCGGCAAGACUGAUCAUUGAGUGAUGAAGACGACGAUCCGACCCAGGUUAUUGUUAUUUAUGUGAUAUCAAAGUUCAAAAGAUUUUCAUGUUUUAGCCCAUUGCGACGUUCAUGUCAUGUUUGGCUGAGGUUUGUUAGAAGGUGUGCUUGUUAAAUGGUUAAAGCAUUAAGAUACUUCCUUAGUUGUUCAGGACAGUAUAGCGCAAGCCCUUGAAUGCAUUAGAGGACAAAUGGAGGAACAGUCGCUUCACCUAUGCCACAAAAUAUAACAGAAGGUAAACUCAUGUAUGUACCUCGCUUUGCAUACCUCUCUCGCUCGCACGCUCGGCCGUCGCGCUAGGGUUGUCUUGUCAUGACGUGUUGCGUUUAUUUCGAUAAGAUAGAAAAAUGUUACUCUUAAUACUAUGCAAGAAAGACAAUAACAAAUAUCCACGUGUACUUAUUUAUAUUUAGUACGUUAUUAUAGUAAUAGUUUGCAAACAAAUACACGAGAAGGAAGUAGUAUUUAGUUGAGUGACACUAUUAUCCAACUAAUAUUAUAAAUGCGAAAGUUUGGAUGUCUGGAUGUUUGUUGCUCUUUCACGCAAAAACUACUGAACGGAUUUUGAUGUAACUUUACAGUAUUAUUGUUUAUAACCCUGAAUAACAUAUAGGCUAUAAUUUAUGACGAUCUGUGACAAACUAAAUUUCACGCGGGUGAAGCCGCGGGCAAAAGCUAGUUAUCCAAUAAUUCCUAAAACCUCUCUAAAACAAUUCGAUAUUCCUAAUAAUUGAGUUGGCUUUCAAUUUCAAUUGAAAUUCAAAUAAAUAACUUACUUACCUCCCCGAAUCAACUGGUAAUUUAAAAAAUGAAAAUUCGGUAUUUAAUGAUGAGUUUAAGCAACCAAAUACCGAACAAUUAUAAUACGACUUUUUCUGUUCACUCAUUUUCGUCAAUUUCGCAAAACAAAAUAAUAUCACAGGCGGUUGACCAGCGCGUGACUCAAGCGAACCACAGCGAACGUGUGACGAACGUCUGUCGCGCCACGUCGCGCUCGCAUUCGUCCAAGACAGUCUUGCUAAAGCGGUGUCUAUGUGUGCGUGGCUCGAGCGCGUUUAGUAUGGAGUUUGUCUUCUGUUAUAUUUUGUGCCUAUGCGUCGAAAAUCCGAGACAACUUGUCACUAUUGCGCUCGCUUUAAGUGCGGGAGUUACUUAGAAACAUUUAUUCAGUAUCACGUAGAUGGGAUGUAAAAUAAUGCGUGGACUGGACGCAGUAGACUUUGGCCCUUUAGUACUUGCUGUAUACGGAAAGAUAUUGAACUGUCUCAAAAAUUUUAUGAAAUCAAAGAGAGAUUUACUCAAAUUAGUAGGUACCUAAAGGUAUCAAUGUUACUUUUCCCUAAUGACUUCGUAUUUAUCCUCUAGUGUGUCCGAGGCUUAUGUAUAACGGAUAUUUGUUGUAUGGGAUGACUAUUAGUUACAUCCAAAUGUCCUUAGCAAAUACGAUGUUGCCCGUUUGCGAAACAAUAAGAAAAUGACAUAAAUAACACAUAGAUUAUAGGCAUUUGAUACAUUCAAGUUUGUUUUUAGUUAGUAUAAAAUAAUGAACUUGUAAUGUGUCCCCGUACUCUAUGGUUUAAAUAAACAGACCUGCGAACGUGUUCAUGACGUAAUAAUUUACGCUAAAAAUUACGCUUUAGAGCGCGCGAAAGGAAAUCUUUUAAUGAGAACCAAAUUGUAAGUUUUAUGCCACAUGCGUUAUGGAAUAUGCUGGUUAUCAAACGUAAGAGAAAUCGAGAUAGUAUCAAAUCACAAUGGAAUAAUUUACAAAAUGAUUAUCGAUUUAAUUACCUGUUAUCUGUUUACGACACUAACGAUUUAUGUCGCUAUGUAAAUUUUAUCGAUCGAUUAAAACUAAAAGUACCUUACUUUGCUCGAGAUGAAAAUGCAAGGAAAAUUCAUAACGUACAGCAUCCCAUUACAAUAAUGGUAUAAAGACGUAUUUGAAUAUUUCUAGUUUAUUUUUAAUACUUAUUUAUAUUUUAUUUUAAAUAUUUUUUAUUUCUGCUUGUUUAUUUGCAAAGUUCACUAUGACAGUACAAUAGUUUUAAGCAUACAUUUCUGAAGACGCUGUCCAAUUACUAGGUAAGAGUGAGUGACUGAGUGACUUGUGAGCCAAGGGAAUCCUCUCAGAGGUAACAAAGUAACCGAUUCAAAGAUUUGAAAAAAUAAACAUAAAAUACAAUUUCAAAAGUAUAUUCUUCUGGAAUUGCCAUAUACUAUGUAACGUUAUAGCAGACCGCUAGCCUCACCACGCGUCUUGAGUGGCGUGAACGCGGACGGGUCGCACAUUUUUACGCGAUGCAGUUUUCGACCAUAGUAUAUGGUAAAAAUUAAGAAUAAAUACGAAAAUAUAGAAUAGCUUUUUAUGUAAUGUAAAAGAAGAAUCAACUUUUAAAGAAUUCCCUUGAUUUAGAUACUAGUCAAUCUGUUAAUGUAUGACAUUAUGUUAUGACCAACGUCGCACUAUAGUAUAAAUUAAGUUAUUUGCAUGUCAUUUCAUGUCAGUGUUUGUAUAGUACUUUGAUCACCGUUUAGUACAAUUUUGUACAGUUUACGUAUUAAAUCGCUACUUACAUAGUUUAUAGGUAAAAUCCCUUUGGGCGCCUUGUAGAUAAUUGUUAUUAAUAAUGUUUGAUAGAUUAAUAAUUCAAGUUGUUUUACAUUGUUGUUUUUAAGUUAUUAAAUGAAUCAAUCCGUACAGUUCCUCGAUUUUAUGAUUACAGUUGUUAUUAUUUUGUAAUCAAAUAAUGCUUUUAUGGGAUGUUGAAGUAGUUGAAAUAUGUAUUUGUGUACAUUUUAUAUAAUAAGCAAUAGUUUAAUUGUUGUGUUGGCAAUGAAAGUAAUGUAAAUACGUAUGAGAAAGUUUUGUACGGCAAGACAAAAAAAUACUUAGUGCUUCCAUAUCGUAUGGAAAUAAAUAAUCUAUAUCGCUCUAUUAGGCUUACGAGCCUAAAAUAUCCAAUCACAUAAAUGCCUAUU